GUCAGCCCUGCCAAACAGAGGAAAGAGACCGCUUACGACCUACCUCGAAGCACCUGCACGUUCAAGCAGCCCCCGCACUAUCGCCGGGCCACACGUACCAUAUCACAGCUCCUGCGCUGCGUUCAUAGCAAAGCGGCGCGCCGCAUCACACCAUCGCCACCACACUCAGUAGUGUAGCAGCACCAUGGCCCUGCGCUCCGUCCUCAACCGCCUGCCGGCGCCUUUACGCAAAAGAGCCUACGGCCUCACAGCCGGCGGCGCCGCCUACAAGGCGCGGGUCAUGAAAAGCAGAGGCCUCGUCACGGCGUCGAAGCCGAUCAGCCCGCUCCAAACCAAACUAGCUAUUGGUGCUGGAGUAGUAACGGUAGGCUGCGUCGCGGGCCAGACCUUCUUUGGCAGCGAGGAGCACUUCUACGACCAUAGAUUCGUGACCGAGGCGGACCCGAAUGCCUUAGCUGAAUUUUACGGGAACGAGGACUUCAUGGAGAUCUUCUGCGUGUUCCCGUUCAUGGUCGACUUCAUGAUGCGGUCGGGCUACUUCGACGACAACGGCCACGUCCACACGUUUGGCCUACCGCCCAUCAUCAGCAACAUGGUCGUGUCGAUGCAGUUCGACGAAAGGGAAGAGGAAGAUGCCGACGGCGAGGCGAACACGGUCUGCUUCAACAAGAAGGAGCGCUUCAAGUGCACGGACGCUUUAUUUGGGAAUACUCUGUGGGAGAUGGUCCAGAACUUUGGGUACGCGACGCGCGACGACGGCAAGAUCGAGGUCUACCAUUAUGGGCAGAAGUGGUCGGGGCCCUUCUUCAUCCGGCUGAUCUUCCAGAUGCACGCGCGCUACGUCAUCUGGGCCACGGAGCAGCACGUGAAUUCUCCCAGAUUUUUGGCUCAGGACGAGGACGAGGAGGACGACCUCGUCGCGCAGCGCCACAACAUCCCCAAGCAUCUGCUGGGCCAGUUCUUGGAUGGCUUGGAUGUUGAUGUGCAGGCUAAAUUAAAUACGACGCUUGCUGCAUUGCAACAGGCGCGGUCGUCGGAGCAAGAGGAGGAAGUGAAGGAGUUGUUAGGUACCGUGCAGCGGUUGGAGGGUUUAGUUGCCGAGUUGCAGGCCGCCAAAUUGAAACGUGCCAAAACUAUGGUCGAGGCUCCGUUGCAGCGCCGCGUCACGGAGGGCGGGCCGUCGCAGAAGAUGGGCGGCUCCGCGCGCGGCCUGUACCAGAGGGCGCUCGUUCGUAGGGCGACGGCCGUCGAGGGUGAAGAUGAUGAAGAUAUGUUGCAGCGGCAGACGACUGAUUUAUCCUCGACGAUCGAGGCGGCGCUCGAGGAGGCCGAGGAAGUCGUGACUCCGGUGCGCACGGCGAUUGUUCGUCGAUUGACGGCGAUCGAGGAUUCCAUGAAGGAGGAGGAGGACGAGGUUGUGUCUGUGCCUUUGAAGCGCCACUCGACUCUCAAUAGAAGGACGAUCACGUCGAUCGUCAAUUCCGAGGAGGACGCGGCGGCGCCGGAAUUGAUGGAGGCCGCGCGGGAGAUCGAGGUCGAGGCGGCGCCGGAGGUUGUCGUCGUCGUGGAAGCGGCGCCGGCGCCGGAGCCCGUCGUGGUGGAGGAGGAGGGCCCCGUCGCGGCGCUCGUCCGCCGGGUGACGGAACAAAUACAAGAGGCCGUCGAGGCGAAGACCGAGGCCUCGCCGGCGUCUCCCACCGACGCCGAGGCGCCGGUCCGCCGCAAGACGCAGCUCUCGUUCAACUUCCCCGGCUACGCGCCCUACGGCUACGGCUACCCGCCGCACCCGUACCAGUACGCGCCGCCGCAGCAGCCGUACGCGCAGCCGCCGCAGCAGGGCCAGAUGCCGCCGCCGCCGCCCUACCCCUACUACUACGCGCCGCCGCCGCCGCCCCACGGCUACUGGGCGCCGCCGCACGCGCCCAUGACCGUGCCGCAGGGCGCCUACUACCCGGGCGCGUCGGCCCCGACGGCGUCGUCGGCGUCGGUGUCGUCGGCGUCGCAGACGGAGUGAGCUUGCGCCCGUUCUCUCCCCUAUUGUCUAUUAAACAUCGAUUUGCCAUCUAA